AGAAAGGAUGGCAAGAACCAAGCAGACCGCCCGUAAGUCUACUGGAGGCAAAGCCCCCAGGAAGCAGCUGGCCACCAAGGCCGCUCGCAAGAGCGCCCCGGCCACCGGAGGCGUCAAGAAGCCUCACCGUUACAGGCCCGGUACCGUGGCUCUGCGCGAGAUCCGCCGCUACCAGAAAUCCACCGAGCUGCUCAUCCGCAAGCUGCCCUUCCAGCGCCUGGUCCGAGAAAUCGCUCAGGACUUCAAGACCGACCUGCGCUUCCAGAGCUCCGCCGUCAUGGCUCUGCAGGAAGCCAGCGAGGCUUACCUCGUCGGCCUCUUCGAGGACACCAACCUGUGCGCCAUCCACGCCAAGAGGGUCACCAUCAUGCCCAAAGACAUCCAGCUGGCCCGACGCAUCCGCGGAGAGAGAGCUUAAGCUGCCUCCGUGCACCAAAGCAAACCCAACGGCUCUUUUCAG